CCUCCUGUUUUUCUUUAUUUCGCUGUAAAGGUGAGUGGGCGGAUGCAACAUAGAGAGUGAGAAAGAAGCAGACGCUAAAGGGGGUGGCUGAGAGAGAGAGAGCGAGGGAGAGAGGGAGAAAAAGAGAGAGAGAGAGAGAGGGUGAGAGAGGGAGAUUAGAGCUUACUCUGACUUGGUUGUGAUCAGACUGACUCUCGUGCUGUCAAGUGAUGUGAUAGAGGAGCGGGAGGAUUUCUGAUCAUCCUACGUCGCUCCAGUUGUGAGGAAACAACAGUUUUCACCUGAUAUGGAAUACAAGAUUACUCAGACGGAAACAGCUCUUCUGCCUUCUUGUCAGGUUUUUUGCUGAAGAAAUCAACUUGAAAACACCAAGAGAUUUCUUUGUGACUGUCAUUCUGGCCCCUGCUGACACAGCACAAAAGACACCAGAGAGGUUUGGGAUUUGUGGGUACAAACAAGAAAAAAGGGAGCGAUUGACAGCUAUGGCCAAUGAACAAUUCUGACUAUUUUCCUCAAUAUCAUUCGGUUCUCUUGGAUCUCUUGCUGCCUGGUUGCAUAUUAAUGUACUUGCGUACCAGCCAAAAACCACAUAGACAAUUUGUUUCACCGUAGCAUGUUUGUUUUCCAGAGUGACACUUCUCCUCAGUAGAAUCAAUCAGUUAUUUCGACCAAGCAUCCCAUAUUCAGUCAUGAAUCCCAGGUCAGUCACCUUCCACCUCCCCAUACUGUUGGCUGUGCUUCUGCUCUGGGGACCCACGGGGUCGAGGGGCCAAAAUGACACAGAGCCCAUCAUCCUUGAGGGGAAAUGUCUGGUCGUAUGUGACUCCACUCCUUCAUCCGAGCCGGCAGGUAACGCCCUGGGCAUGUCGGUCCGGUCCGGCUCCGGCCGGGUGGCCUUCUCCGCCAGCCGCCAGACCAAUCACGAGCCAACGGACAUGAGCAACCGCACCAUGAUCAUCUACUUCGAUAAUAUUUUGGUGAACGUGGGUACUCACUUUGACCAAGAGAGCAGCGUCUUCCUGGCACCAAGAAGAGGCGUGUACAGCUUCAACUUCCAUGUUGUAAAAGCCUACAACAGACAAACCAUCCAGGUCAGCCUGAUGCUGAACGGCUGGCCGAUGAUAUCUGCUUUCGCCGGGGACCAGGAUGUGACCAGAGAAGCCGCCACGAACGCCGGCCUGGUGAUUAUGGAGAAGGGGGACAAGGCCUACCUCAGACUGGAGAGAGGCAACUUGAUGGGAGGCUGGAAAUACUCCACCUUCUCCGGGUUCCUGGUCUUCCCCUUGUGAGGAAGGUGGAGAGUGAGAGCGGGUUAUAGUGUUAAGAGGAAAGUGGAUGAAAAUGAAAAGGAAGGCUUCAAUCUCUUACUCUUUAUACGAUGCAUGAAAGGAUGUGUUUUAUGCAAAAAUCAGAUGAAGACUCUGUAAAUUAAAGGUCCCGUGUGUAGGAGUUUAGAGGGAUUUAGAGGAACAAAAUGGAAUAUAAUGAUUAGAAGCAUGUUUUCAGAAGUUUGUAAUCACCUGACACAGAAUCCUUAUGUUUUGUUUUACCUUAGAAUGAGUCCCAUAUAUAUUAAAGAGGGAGCGGAUCCUCUUCCACGGGGUCCGCCAUGUUUUACCACCAUGUUUCUACAGUAGCCCGCAACAGACAUACCAAACACCGACUCUUGGGGGGACCUGUCAUGUUUUUUGGCAUUUUUAUUUAUUUGUUUAUUUUUGCAUUCUUAGCAGCCGCUGUGGGGGAGGGGGAGACGAGGGGUGUCCACUUGGAUGCAAGAUGUCACUGAAUCCCACACACUGGACCUUUAAGAUCAUUCUCACUUGAGACCAAAAAGAAAGGCAGGAAAAAGAGGCUGAAACAAUCUGAAGCUGAAAUAAUAAUUAAUAAUCUGUGGAGUUAAUUUGCUCUGUGACUGUGUAUAAAUAUCUGUUGGGUUUGUAUAAGAGAUAUAUAAAUUGUGACAAAAUUAUAAAGUAGCCGUGUGCAAUGUGGGCUUCCGUGCUAAGAUCGCGUUUUUCGCUUUUUACUUUUCAUUCCAAAUGUUUUGAAACGCUGCUGUGCUCCACACGGCAACCUGUCGUACAAACAAACUUACCCUUUUCUCUGCUGUGUGUCGUAUGACUGAUGCUCCUCUAUAUGCUUGUUAGUCUCAUGCAACAGAUGAAUUAUUUACAUAGAAAUUUCUAUUGAGAAGACAAUAAUAAAAUAAAAAUCAUAUGAAG